GGAGUGCGGGAGAUGGCGGUCAGUGUCGUGAGAUACCUCGUUCUUGUCUUCCUUGCUUUCCUGCAGUACUAUGAUGUGAGUGCGGAAACGAAGACGUUCAAGGAUUUGUUCAACAGCACAUCCUGCGCGAAACCACCCUAUGUGUGCCCGCACCCACAAAUUGAAUUUUAUUUGUACACAAGAGACACGCAAAAGAAACCAUUUCGCUUAGACGUUCGAAGAUUUGAGUCCCUUCACUAUUCUAGAUUCAACAAAUCUCAUCCUACGAAGAUUAUCAUCCACGGUUUUGGAGGUGGAAGGAAUUUAAUACCUAGUCCAGAUCUUCGAAGAGCGUAUUUCACGCGAGGCAAUUACAAUAUUAUAAUCGUCGAUUACGGUUCGUUGGUACGCGAGCCCUGUCUGUCGCAAAUACAAUGGGGUCCAGAUUUCUGUUCGCGAUGUAUUGCUCAAUUGGUGAGGUACUUGAGGGAUCAUCCUCGGGGAACGAAAGUGGAAAAUAUACACGUACUUGGGUACAGUGUAGGAGCACACAUUGCUGGCCUGAUUGCCAAUUAUUUGCCCGAUGACAAACUUGGAAGAAUUACAGGAUUGGAUCCUACUAUAUUUUUCUACAUGAAUGGAAACCGGUCGAUGGAUUUAGACGAUACGGAUGCUCAUUUCGUCGACAUUAUCCACACGGGUGCCGGGAUUUUGGGCCAAUGGGGGCCUACAGGUCACGUGGAUUUCUACGUGAACGGAGGCUCCAGUCAACCAGGAUGCGCAACUACUUCCUUGCUUCAAACGCUUUCAUGCGAUCACACCAAAGUGACCCCGUAUUACAUAGAAUCAAUUACGACGAAAGUCGGAUUCUGGGCAGCUCCAUGCGGAAAUUUAUUCUCUUACCUCAUCGGAUGGUGCAAUCCCAAACUCGAAGAAUAUAUUCUCAUGGGAGAAGAUACCCCUCAUAUAGCACGCGGCAUCUAUUAUCUAUCAACAAACGCAGACAAACCAUACGCCCGAGGCCUCCCCGUAAAAAGUCAACAAACGACAAACAGGAAACGAUCGUCCUACCGCCAGUAUUGAGUCUACUGAAACAACUGAUUAACAUAAUUAUAGAAUAGCCAAUUCCUAAUUUAGUCCUAUACAUUCUGUUAUGUUUGUCCUUGUUGUUUCGUUGUAUAGUUUCUAUAAUUAAUUCUUAAGUUACUACGCAACCUACCGUUGAACCUCCAUAACCCAACGAUUGUCGGUGAUUAAAGCUUUUGUUGCAUUUGAUUGUAUCGUCAUAGCGAACCAAGAACUUUCACCUUUCUCAUGAUGAUCUUUUUAUCAAAUCCUUCAUCGUUUGUAAUUGGUCGAUGUUAUAGUUGUACUUUUAAUGCAGUGAAUCUUGUUGUUAAUUGUAUUUAAGGAUGAAAAGAAUGAUAAUGUUAAGUUUAGAGGUAGUAUUUAUACAGAAAAGGAGAUUUAUUUGUAAUUCGUAUGAAUAACAUAGAAUUACGUAUAAUGAAAUUAAUAAAUUUCUAAAAUAAAUAUAUUAUAAAAAAUAAUAAGAUGAGUUUGCUGAAAAAUGUAAAUACUUGAAGACAAAAUGUUAAUGCGAGACGUACUUAAAAGGUGAACUUGUAGAAAAGCUACUUCCCCUCCGAUUUCAAUGAUUUUUGAAUAUAUUGUAAAAUUCGUCAUUUUAAGCAAUUUUUCCGCUAAGCUAUAUAUGAGACUCGAUUAAUUUGCGAAAUAUUCGCGAAAAACUAUGAGUACUACUACAUUGAAUUUCGUAUACGUCCGCGGCUGUGUGUGCAUCAGCAAGCGACCCUCGCUUAUCUACCGUUUCUAUCAACAGCACCAUACGGCCUGGCUACCGUCCAUAUAACAGGUCAGCUUAAAAUCAAAAUUAACUACUAAUUUCAAUAAUUUUGACAUCGAAUUUGCCUGAAGGCGGCCGGAAUAUUACUGUGCCCUAACCUAACCUAAUCUAGACAUAAAUAACGAGAAAAAUUAUAUUCCGUCACAACUGGUAUUAAUCAUUGUGCACCAUAAGAUUGUCUGCCGUCCGUACUAAUGUUGCCGGUAUUUUUUUUUUUCUGUUGUUUAUAUGUCUGGCUUAAGUUAGGUUAGGUUAUAUUAAUAUUACGGCCGCCUUUAGGCCGGCCACAUGGGUCAAAUAUUAUAAUUUGAUUUUUUAGUUCACCUGUUGCAUAAAUAGGAGCCGGACCACAUGGUGCUGCUUACAGAAACUGUAGGCAAGAAGCGAGCCGGCGCGACGCACAUACGGCCACAGGCGCAUACGUAUAGGCAGAAUUCGCUGUAGUAGUAACAAUAUUCUUUUGCGAUUAUUUUUUUAUAGUUUAGAGGAAAAAGUUACUUAAAAUGUCGAAUUUUACAACAUAUUUAAGAAUCAUCGAAAUCAAAAGAAGGCAGGGGGGGGGUCCUUUUCUACAAGUUUAUCGAAAAUUCUAUUACAGUAAAAGUUAGGUAAGUACCCGAGCAGAUCCAUGGGAUAACUGCCUAAUAAUAAUCAUUCCUACCACCUAGGGGAUUCCCCUUGAAGACUGCGAAGCUGGACGAGCGAAUAGUGUAACCUGAUCAGAACUGGAAUAACGAUGAAACUAUAUUAGUGCAACAACAACACUGUUUGAUUUUUUUUUAAAUGAAAUAUAUACUAAUGUAAUUGUGAGGUUCUUUUGAUUAAAACAAAACCAAAUAUGAUAUAAUUUGAAGUAUAUUUACUUAUUAUUUUAAAAAGGGAAAAUAGUUGAGAUCACAUUUAGGUAUUAAAUAAGUGAAAGAAAAUCACUCGUUAAAUAAACAAAUAUGCUUCAAAUUAUAACGUGUUUAGUUUUAUUUUAAUUGGAAGAACCUCACAAUUACAUUGAUAAAAGUUUUAUUUAGCAAAAAUAAGAAUUAAAAAAGGUUUAUUGUUGAUUUAGUAUUGUCUCACUAAUCAUCUUUUUCUCGGUUCCUUUGAUUAUUGCACCUCUUUCUCUUUCGUUCUCUGUCCUUUUCUAUGGUCAGCAAUAUUCAAACACUCGGCUCGAGCCGUUUCUAAGAACCAAAAAGAGACCUCCACUUCAUAAUUGAACGUUUUGGUGUCAGUAUUCGAGAAGUUAUCCAACUUUUACUGUAAUUCUAUUCUCUGACUUAAACUCUAUUUAUAGGAAAAGGUGGAGUGCUAUGGCCGCUACUAAGGGCCAUACAGGGUUAUUAACAAAUAAAUUUUAUGAUGGUUUU